ACAUAUUUAUCCGCAGAUAAGCUCAGGUGUGGAGUGGGUUGAAGUGAAGAAAGAAGAAUGGCCAACAUUUCAAUUUCACUCCCGCGAACUGGUUUGUCCAUACGAAACAUCUCAACCAAACGUUCAUGUUUCACUAUUUCAGCUUCAUCUCUCAGAAUCACUUGCUCUGUUGUAGGUGAAGCUGAGUUAGAUGGAUCUGAUAAUAAAGCAAGGUUACUUAAUUUCAACAGAAUCAAGGGUGUUGCUUGUGGUCUUCUUGCAGCUUAUACUCUUACUUCUGCUUCAUUUCCUGUUACUGCUGCCACUCAGAGACUUCCCCCAUUGUCAACUGAGCCCGAUCGCUGCGAACGUGCAUUUGUUGGCAACACAAUUGGUCAGGCGAAUGGUGUGUAUGACAAACCAUUAGAUCUCCGGAAAUGUGAUUUCACAAAUGAAAAAUCCAACCUGAAGGGGAAGACCCUGUCUGCAGCACUAAUGUCUGAUGCCAAGUUUGACGGCGCUGACAUGACAGAAGUUGUAAUGUCAAAGGCUUAUGCUGUUGGUGGCAGCUUUAGAGGUGUGGACUUCUCAAAUGCAGUCUUGGAUCGUGUUAAUUUCGGGAAAGCUGAUCUUGAAGGAGCUGUAUUUAGGAACACAGUUUUAUCGGGCUCCACUUUUGAUGAAGCUAAGCUAGAUGGUGCAGUUUUUGAGGACACUAUCAUUGGUUACAUUGAUCUCCAAAAGAUAUGCAGAAAUACGACCAUCAGUGACGAUGGAAGAGCCGAGCUAGGAUGUCGAUGAUAAUUAAACAAUAUCUUCACUCAUGUCUUCUUUUUUCUUAUAAGCUACUAUAUCAUGAAUCCAUGAUAGUAUAUGAGAGUGCAUUGAUGAGGAGAACUAGUAUAUGUUUUCUACAUUACAUCCAAAAGUAAAUUGAAUUGUUUUCUUUUUCUUUGUAA